GCUGAUACCAACCCUUACGCGAACCCGACUUCCCUCUUCGUAUAAAUAUAUGGACAAGUAAACCUCAGAUAAGUGACUUGAGAGAGGUAAUUUAUAGAAGUGAGGGAAGAUGUGGAUACCUAGACCGCCAAAUGGUCCCGGUAGACCCGGACCAGGACCAGGUUGGAGCCUUGGGCCGAGUAGUCCUCCUCGGUUGGGUUUUCUUUGUCACUUGUGCACCAUCAUCUCUUCUUGCUUCUAUGUCUUCUGUUGUUGCUGGCUUUUAGAAGACUGUUUUGGGGGGCCACGUCGUCGACACAAUCAUCUUGGGCCUCCUAUCGGGUCACCUGAAUAUCCAGGCCCAAUUUUGGGGCCCGAACCUCCCGAACUUCAAAGUCGUCCACUGGGCCAUUUUGGCCCACGAAGUCGGCCGGGCCCUAUUGGAUUUCCUGGUGAACCUCAAUUGGGCCAUGUUGGGCCAUCAAGUCAACCCGGCCCUGUUGGAUUUCCUGGUGAACCUUCUUACUAAGCUUCCAUUUGUGUCGGCCCAGUCAAACUUCACUUUUGUAUUUAUUUUUAAUUAAUAAAAAUCCACCUAGCGCGUGGAAUGUUUGACGUGGACACUUAA